CCGUGCCCGCCUGGUGACAUUCGGGUGGCAUUCGGAACGUUUGGGGUGGGCAGAGCCAGGGGACACCCUUGUGGUGCCAACUGGGUGACAUUUGGGGGAACUGAAGGUGGCAGAGUGGGGGGACACUGCUGUGGUGCCCACUGGGUGACAUUUGGGUGACACUUGGAGGAACUGGAGGUGGCAGAAUGCGGGGACAAUGCCAUGGUGCCCACUGGGCGCCAUUUGGAGGAACCGACGGUGCCCCGGCUGUGGUGCCCACCAGGCCCCCCUCAAGGUGCCACCACCGUGCCACCACCCCGUCCCCGCAGGCGUCGCCGUCGCUGACCCCCGUGCGCCAGGCCGGCGUCUGCGCCUUCUACGGCGAGUGCGGGCGCAACCCCGAGGUCAACGUGUCGCUGGUGCCCUCCAAGGUGCCCUGCCUGUCCAACACGCCGGCGCGGGUGGCGCAGGGCGCGCUGCUGUCCCUGCUGCGCGUCGUGUGCCCCGAGCUGGCACGGGGGGACAACGAGACCACGCGGGUGUGCUGCAGCUACGGGCAGCUGAGCGCGCUGCGCAUCAGCGUGGGGCUCUCGGGCACCGUGCUGGCGCGGUGCCCGGCCUGCGCCCGCAACUUCGCCAACCUCUACUGCCACAACAUCUGCAGCCCCGACCAGAGCCUCUUCACCAACGUCACCCGCGUGGCCAACUACACGGUGGUGCCCGGCGCCAGCGCCGUGCUGGAGUACCAGCUCUUCUACCGCCGCCGCUACGCCGAGGCCGCCUUCACCUCGUGCCAGGGCGUGCGGCUGCCCGCCACGGGCGGCUAUGCCAUCUCCACCAUGUGCGGGCGCUACGGCGCCCAGCUGUGCACGGCCCAGCGCUGGCUGGACUACCAGGGCGACAAGAACAACGGGCUGGCGCCGCUGCAGAUCGACUUCCAGCUGCUGCCCAACGGCUCCGAGCCCGGCCAGGGCAUCGUCCCGCUGGACGCGCCCGCCUGGCGCUGCGACCAAGCGCCCAGCGCCGACCAGGAGCCGUGCUCGUGCCAGGACUGCGCCCAGGCCUGCCCGCCCGUGGCGCCGCCCGCCGAGCCGCCGCCGCCCUUCCGCAUCGGCCGCGCCGACGGCGUGCUGGUCAUCUGCGCCGCGCUCUUCGCCGCGCUCGCCCUGGCCUUCCUGGUGGCCGUGCUGCGCCGGCGGGGCGCGGCCAAGGCGCCGCUGAAGCCGCGUGCCCGCGGGUGCUCGCAGCGGGCCAGCGAGGCCUGGCAGCGCGGCCUGGAGCGGGCGUUCCGCCGCUGGGGCACGCUGGUGGCCGCGUGGCCGGUGGCCGUGCUGGCGGUGGCCGUGGCGGUGGCCGGGGGGCUCUCGGCCGGGCUGGUGACCCUGCAGCUGACCACGGACCCCGUGGAGCUGUGGUCGGCGCCGGGCAGCCGUGCCAGGCAGGAGAAGGAGUUCCACGACCGCCACUUCGGGCCCUUCCUGCGCACCAACCAGGUGAUCGUGACGGCGCCGGGGCGCGCCGGCCUCACCUAUGACUCGGUGGUGCUGGGCACCAAGAACUUCAGCGGGGUGCUGGCGCAGGACGUGCUGCUGGCGCUGCUGGAGCUGCAGGAGACGCUGGCGGGCACCACGGCGUGGGCAGCGGGCGCGGGCAGGAACGUCAGCCUGCAGGACGUGUGCUACGCCCCGCUGAACCCCGCAGCGCCCGGCGUGGGCGACUGCGCCGUCAACAGCGUCACGCAGUACUUCCAGAACAACCGCAGCCACCUGGCGCUCAGCGCCUGGCAGGACGGCAAGCAGCAGGGCACCGUGGACUGGCACGACCACCUCAUCUACUGCGUCAACUCCCCGCUCUCCUUCAAGGACAUCACGGCGCUGGAGCUGAGCUGCAUGGCCGAGUACGGCGGGCCCGUGUUCCCCUACAUCGCGCUGGGCGGCUACCGCGAGUCGGAGUACACGGAGGCCGAGGCGCUGAUCGUCACCUACUCGCUGAACAACUUCCCCGCGGGGGACCCGCGCCUCGAGUGGGCGCUGAGCUGGGAGCGGCAGUUCCUGCGCGUGGUGCGCGACUUCCAGCGCCGCCACCGCCACAACCUCUCGGUCACCUUCAUGGCCGAGCGCUCUCUGGAGGACGAGAUCAACCGCACGAGCGGGGAGGACCUGCCGGUGUUCGCCACCAGCUACCUGCUGGUGUUCGCCUACAUCGCGCUGGCCCUGGGCGAGUACACGGCCUGGCGGAGAGUCCUGGUGGAGUCCAAGGUGACGCUGGCGCUGGGGGGCAUCGCGGUGGUGCUGGGCGCCGUGCUGGCCGCCAUGGGGCUGCUGGCGCUGCUGGGGCUGCGCUCGUCCCUCAUCAUCAUCGAGGUCGUGCCCUUCCUCGUGCUGGCCGUGGGCGCCGACAACAUCUUCAUCUUCGUGCAGGAGCUGCAGCAGCAGUCGCAGCCGGAGCCGGGCGAGACGCGGGAGCAGCACCUGGGGCGGGUGCUGGCACAGGUGGCACCGAGCAUGCUGCUCUGCAGCCUCUCCGAGACCGUCUGCUUCCUCCUCGGUGCCCUCUCGUCCAUGCCAGCCGUGCGGACCUUCGCGCUGACGGCCGCGCUCGCCAUCGCGCUGGACUUCGUGCUGCAGAUGUCGGGGUUUGUGGCGCUGGUGGCGCUGGACAGGCGGCGACAGGAGGCCGGGCGCUUCGACCUCUGCUGCUGCUGCGGGGAUGGCAAGGGGGGCACGGCCGGGGGGGGCCGGGGGCUGCUGCGCCCCCUCCUCGAGCGCUUCUACACCCCCGUGCUGCUGCACCCCCUGGUGCGGCCCGCCGUGGUGCUGCUGUUCCUGUUCCUGGCCUGCGCCGGGCUCUUCCUGCUCUUCCACGUGUCCGUGGGGCUGGACCAGGAGCUGGCACUGCCCGAGGACUCGUACCUGCUGCCGUACUUCUCGGAGCUGAACCGCUACCUGGCCGUGGGCGUCCCCACCUACUUCGUCACCACGAGCGGCUUCGACUUCUCCUCGGAGAACGGCACCAACGCCGUGUGCUCCAGCGCGGGCUGCGACACCAACUCGCUGACGCAGACCAUCCAGCUGGCCACGCGCUUCCCCAACGCGUCCUACCUGGCCAUCCCGGCCACCUCGUGGCUGGACGAUUUCCUGGACUGGCUGAACCCCACGGUGCGCUGCUGCCGCAUCUACCAGGCCGGGGAGCACAAGGGCGAGUUCUGCCCCUCCACCAGCACUGACCCCAGCUGCCUCCUGGGCCAGUGCCUGAAGAAGGUGCGGCGCCCCACGGCCGAGGAGUUCCAGCGCUUCCUGCCCUGGUUCCUGCAGGACCGGCCCACCCUGCAGUGCGCCAAGGGUGGCCUGGGCGCCUACGACACCGCGGUGAGCAUGGACGCCAACGGCACCAUCCUGGCCACGCGUUUCAUGGCGUACCAGCGCCCGCUGCGCACGUCCCAGGAGUACACGAGUGCCCUGCGCGCCGCCCGCGCCCUGGCAGAGCGCAUCACGAGCACCCUGCGCGCCGUGCCCGGCACCGACCCCGCCUUCCGCGUCUUCCCCUACACGGUGACGUACGUGUACUACGAGCAGUACCUGACGGUGGUGGUGGAGGGGCUGGUGACGCUGGCGCUGUGCCUGGUGCCCACCUUCGCCGUGUCCUUCCUGCUGCUGGGCAUGGACGUGCGCUCCAGCCUGGCCACGCUGCUCACCAUCGCCAUGGCGCUGCUGGGCACCGUGGGCUGCAUGGCGCUCUGGGCAGUGCCCUACAACGCCGUGGCGCUCAUCAACCUCGUGGCGGCCGUGGGCAUCUCGGUGGAGUUCGUGUCCCACAUCACCUGCGCCUUCGCCCGCAGCCGCCAGCCCACGCGGGUGGCACGAGCCGCUGAGGCCACUGCCACCAUGGGCAGCAAGGUGGUGGCGGGGGUGGCCAUGACCAACCUGCCGGGGGUGGCCGUGCUGGCGUUCGCCAAGGCGCGCCUGGUGCGCAUCUUCUUCUUCCGCCUCAACCUCAUCGUCACCGCGCUGGGGCUGGCACACGGCCUGGCGUUCCUGCCCGUGCUGCUCAGCUACAUCGGGCCCGCGCCGCAGGUGCCAGCGGGGGAGGACACGCCGGGGGACACCGCGCAGGGGACAGGGCUGGGCCUGGGCAACCCCUGCUUCAAGGACAAGGACAAGGACAAGGCCAAGGCCAAGGACAAGGACAAGGACAAGGACAAGGACAAGGACAAGGGGCCCAGGAAGGGCUGAGCCCCCCGCGCCCCUCCCCCCUUUCUAUUUAAACUGGU